GGCUUAGGGUUAACACCUCCUAGGCGGCGGCAGAGCUUGGGCUAGCUGGUAAAGGCGGGGAGGGAGGAAGAAAGAGAGUGAGAGGGGUAGAGAGGGCCCGCCGUAAGGAGCAUGUGCUAGGGAGUCCAGUAACCAGGGACAACCACAGCAACAGAGCUCCCUUGGAGGAGGAGGAUAAGGAGGAGGAGAAGAAGGAGGAGGAGGAGGAAGAAGAAGAAGAGAGCGGCUCCGCAGCCCCGCGCCCCCGCGCCUCCGGGCCUCCUCCAGGAGCCAGCACACUGAGCAGAGCCCCGCUGGCGGGCGGCAGGAUUUGGGAACUGUAGGUGGAGAGGGACUAAGUCUACCGCCCCCGGGCCUGUGGAGCCAGCUCCCCGCGGGCUGGGGAUGUAAAAGCCUUUCCAGAUCUCUGUUCCCGGCCUCAGUCGGAGUUCCUCCAGGAGCCCAGGGCGCGCAGUGCUCAGCGAGCUAGGACCUCCGUCCAGGACCGAGAGAACUGGAGACAAAGACACCCUAGAGCCCCCCGCCCCUGCCCCUGUCCUUGCCUCCGCCUGCCGGUUCCCUGCUCCGAGCCGGUGCAGGGCCGCCUAGGACGAGCCCCCGCGGCGGGACAGGGGAGAGCCGGCUGGGCCCGGAGCCGCUCCGGGGUUUAUGCCCUAGUCGGUUCGGGCCCGGCGGGGGACGUGGCCGCAGAGGAUGGGGAAAUCCAACAGCAAGUUAAAGCCUGAAGUAGUAGAAGAACUGACCAGGAAGACCUACUUUACUGAGAAGGAAGUCCAGCAGUGGUAUAAAGGCUUCAUCAAGGACUGUCCCAGUGGCCAGUUGGAUGCUGCAGGAUUCCAGAAGAUCUACAAACAGUUCUUCCCCUUUGGUGACCCCACCAAGUUUGCUACGUUUGUUUUCAACGUCUUUGAUGAAAACAAAGAUGGGAGGAUAGAGUUCUCGGAGUUCAUCCAAGCACUCUCGGUGACCUCUCGGGGGACCUUGGAUGAGAAGCUAAGAUGGGCAUUCAAGCUGUAUGACUUGGAUAAUGAUGGCUACAUCACAAGGAAUGAGAUGCUGGACAUUGUAGAUGCCAUUUACCAGAUGGUGGGUAACACCGUGGAGCUUCCAGAGGAGGAGAACACCCCAGAAAAGAGGGUGGAUCGGAUCUUUGCCAUGAUGGACAAGAAUUCAGAUGGAAAGCUGACACUGCAGGAGUUUCAGGAGGGCUCAAAGGCUGACCCCUCCAUUGUCCAGGCACUGUCCCUCUACGAUGGGCUUGUAUAGUCCUAAGGCCAGACCAGGGAUGCCUGCAGACUGCCUGCCUCCCUCUGUGCCAUCAGACCACCUCAGUAAUGAAGCUCGUCCACUUGUCUCUCUCCAGCCUUCCUUUACGCACAGCAGGGCUGCACACGAAAUGUGAGGUCCCAUUCCCCCAUUCCUUCUCACCCUCCGCAUCCCCUUACUGUGCCCUGAAGUCACUGUCUCCAUUUGCCAACUUCUGCUUGUCGGAGGAAAAACAGCGGCGAUUAUCUGCACAACAAGGACACCUACUGCAUCACAGAAGAGCCUCAUUGUUUUCUCUCUCAUGCCCAUGCUUUUAUUUUUUAUUUAGAACAGACAUUUUUAAAAAUGCCCUUCUGUUCUAGAAAAUGUAGACUGAAAAAUGGUGAUGGCCCUGGGUUACUCAGAAAAUUCUCCAGCUUCCUUCCUACUGGUGGCUGGAAAGAUUGUUGGGAAGCUAUGGCUUUGGUUCUUGGAUUGGGCCAGAUGUGUUUGGGAGAUGAUUGAUGUUUUUUGUCAUUCAGUCCUUUUAGCAGCAGAACAACCUGCGUGGCUAGGAUGAUUUAUUAUUAUUAAUUUUUAUCAUUAUUAUUUUUCGUGAUAUCAGUAUUGUGUUUUUUUUUGUGGGAAAGUGAGUUUUUUUAUACAUAUAUAUGAUCAAUAUCUUUAUUUAUUGGUUGUUAACUGUUGCUGCUGUCUGGUAUGUCUGAGCCCCAACUGUCCAGGGGCAAAACGUUUACAUGUGCACGCGCGCCCCCAUGCUCGCUCAGGAGGACGGUGGCCCACAGUGGCCAAGAAGCCAAAAAUACUUUCCCAGAUACUGUGCUUGGUUUUUGAACUGGGGUUAGGGAUGAAAUUCUUGAAAGGGUUACAUACCCAUCUCUCUUCCAGAUGCUUGCUUCUCUGGGUUCCCUUGCUUCCUCACUGCUUCCUCCUUUCCCUUAUCCUCCUUCCUUUCUCCCCCACUUCCCCCUUCCCCCCAGCGUUCUUCUGCAUGACUGCCAUGCUCAUGCUCAGAGAGAGACCCCAGCUGCUUUUGCAUUCAGAUUUUCAUUUGGCCUGGAUGCCUUUUCUUGCUUCUUGGUUUUGUGUCUUGGGCAGAUUAGAGGAAUUGAGUUUCUUGAAAGGUUGCACCAAAAAAGACUGUUUUGGGCAAAGAACUCAAUGGAUUCUUUUAGUGGAGAGCUUAGAGAAGGGGAAAUCCAUUGUAUUCACAGAAGAGUGAAGAGCUGCUGUUAGCCAAAAACUUGAGUAUCCCUCUCUCUUUUGGGAAGCUUGCAAAUGAUUCCCAAAUCUUCCCAUUCAGUAUAUUCCCUCCUCCCCCAAUCCUUCUUUCCCUGAGGAAAAACACAGAAAUUUAAAUAUCUGUACCCCUCUGGCUCACACAUAGUAGACACUUACCUAAAUGUUUAUUGAACUGAGAUUUCCUUGGAUCCAGCAGAUGAACAAUUAUAGGGAAAGAAGCUUGCUCAGAAAGUUAGUUUCCCAUCAAUUUGACUCAAUUGGACAAUCAUUUAUUUAGCUCCUACUAAGAGCAAGGGUGGUAGGCCCUGAGAAUAUGAAGACAAAAACAACAUUCCUGGCCCUCCAUGGGCUUACGUUCUAUUGAAUUCAGGCAGCAGCUUUGUAUCUCUUGGGGGAAAGCUCUAACCUCUUUCUGGAAGUUGAGAAAAAUAGCUAAACCAUGAUAUUCUAGAAAAUGUUGCCAAAGCUUUUAGUGGGAAGGACAAACAGAAAACCAGCCAGAGAGUUCCAUGGGUGAUGCCAUGUAACUUUCUGUUUUCUUUAAUGUUUGAUGAAUGUCCUGCCAUCUUGUUUUUCCUUCAAGUCUAAAAGAGGGAGGAUAAUGUGUGAGGCUUGGCUAUUCCCAGCUGUUAGCACUUUCCCUUAGCCAGAUGAUUGGGAAGUAUUAUGACUGGCCUGUAGGGAGCAUGCCUUAUAAAUUCAGUCCUAUUGCAGUGACAAUUAAUGUCAAUCACCCAAGAAUUAGCAUCCUGGUCUUUGUGUUUUUAUUCCCCUACUAUCCCUGCCCUUGACCUACUACCACAGAGUUGGCCUUGGAAACAGCUGGUACCCAGCAUGACUUGGUUGACGUCUGCCCGUACCUGAAACCCUAGUCCCACUGUGGGCAGAUAACCUUGGACAUUUUGUAGGCCACAUCCCUCUCUCCCUAUCCAUAGUUUCUUGUCCCUUCUGCCCUUCUCUGACAAAGAUAUCUCUUCUGGGGAAGGGGCAUUCUGGACUUUGUGACUGCUCAUCCUAUCUAAACAUUCUGCUAUGUCUUCCUUUUGAUAUCUAGAGUUUUCAAACCCACAUACGGCUCAAGCCCAAAGCUUCUCCUACAGCUACUUAUCCCCCUGCCCCAAAAUCCCAACCGUCCUCUUUCUUGGGGGUCUUGUGGGCUCUCCUUCCUGCCCCCUCCAUGAUGCCCCCCUCUCACUGCUGUUUUGUUGUGUGAACUGCAGCUAGUUUUGAUUCCUUUCCCAGAUCUUCACCUCUUAUUUUAACUCCAGGGAAUGAGGGCGGGAUCAUUGGGAUCUCAUGGCUUUAUUCUCUGGUAUUUUCAAGGGUCUCCCUUCCUCUCUGGGGAAACAGUACGAAAAUUCUUCUUAUACAGCUCAGGCUUGUUCUCCCUUCCCACGAACCUCAACAUACUUGGGGAGGGUAUUGGGUAUGAGCAAGUUAGGGAGUGAGUCCUUAUCCUCUCCAAACCAAGGAGGACCUUCCUGGUUAAGUUUUCUCUCUGUCUUUGUCUACUUCCUAAAGAGCUGUCUUACCUUUCUCUUGGCUGUGAUGCUGGGUAAAGAAUCUUCUUAAGCUCAACCAGAUGGCUUGUUGAGGAAUUUCUUGGAUCAGAGAUUGAGGAGGCACUGUUGUUUAAGUCUGUAUUCCUCCUGACCCAUUUUUGAGCUCUCUUAUCUCCCAUAAUCAUCUCUUAACAUGGGUAGCACCUUUGUUGGGCUAGCUAUGGAAAGAUACUUCUUCCUGCUCCCUCCUGAAUGCUGAAGGCUAGACUUCUAGGGUUUUUUCAAUUGGCAAAGACAGCUGGGCUGGGCCAGAGGAUUGUACAGGGGACCAACCUUCCCCCCCUUAGGCUCCCUGACCAGAUGUUAAGAACCACAUGAAAUAGCAAAUUACCAGUGUCAAGCAGAGAGGCAGUACCACUGAGUGGAAAUCAGACCUGGGUUCAAGUUCCAUUUCUGUAUGAUUUUGGACAAACUGUUUUCUUUCUCUGAGCCUCAGUUUCCUC